AUGUGUGGGAGGACCAUCUGCCAAGCAGCGAGCGGCGGCAGGCCCCUGCAGUUGUGGGGUCCACAUGUCAUCCUCGCACUGCUGCUGCUUCUGCUCCUGCUCGCAGGUGUCGUCCACGGCCAGCAGGCGCCGCUCCCGCCGCCGGCGCCGCAGCUCCGAGACAUCGAGGAGCUGCUCACUGACCUGACCAAGCGCGUCGCCAGCAUCAUCUCCGACCGCUUCAGAUUCUGCAUCGCGGACCCGGUGGAGGAUUGGAACGCGGCGUUCAAUUACUCAUCUAACCUCGGUUUCCUGCAGCAGUGCCUCAUUGAAACCAGAGGUGAUCUGGUUGGUCGUCUAUGCACACCAGCAGAAGUGAAAUUCUACUUCUCAUGCCUCCAUGAUCAGAAAGGCAAAAACAAUAUCUUCCUGAAGACUACCACAAACUGCAACCAGUCCUAUUGGGUUCAGGGAUGCGAGCCCGGAUGGGCUUGCUCCAUUGGUCCUGAUCUUUUACUCAGCAACAUUAAUAGCAGCACAACUCCACCAAGAAGUAUCAACUGCCAGCAAUGUUGUGAGGGUUUCUUCUGCCCCCGUGGUCUUACAUGCAUGCUGCCUUGUCCUCUGGGCUCAUACUGUCCACAUGCCAAAGUGAACAUAACCACUGGUCUUUGCGAUCCGUACAAGUACCAGUUCAUUCCAAACUCGACAAAUGUCUGCGGUGGUGCUGACAUGUGGGCUGAUUAUGACAGGACGGAAGCUGUGUUCUGUCCAGCAGGUUAUUACUGUCCUAGUACAAAAUCGAAAAUUUCUUGUAGCAGUGGGUACUACUGCAGAUUGGGUUCGACCACUGAAGAUAAAUGCAUCAUAAAGGACUCCUGCAAAGCAAACACAAAAAAUGAAAGCAUAUUUGUGCUUGGUGCUGGCUUGGUGGGUGCAUUGAGCAUGGUACUUCUAAUCAUAUACAACUGCUCAGAUCAUUUCCUCACUAUCCUUGAAUGGAGAAAAACAAGAUCAAGGGAGAAAGCCAUUCAGAUGGCUAGGCAGGAGAUCAAAGCACAGGACCACUGGAAGGUGGCAAAACAACUAUUGAGGAGUCAUGUAAAUGGAAUGCAGGGUCAACUUCCUCACGCGUUAAGGUCCUUUGUUCAGCCAGCAGAUACAGAGAACUAUACCCAUAGAGUGCAGGAGACACCAAAAGUUCUGCUCAAGGCACAGGAACUAUCAGAAGCUGCGGUGUUUGAGAGUGAAGGCACAAAUGGGAUAUCUGAAGCUCCUUCAGUUGAGAUAAAUUCUAGUGGUGAUGGAGAAAUUUUUGUUACCAAGGACAAAGGUGCACAAAAAGGCAUCCACUGUUACCAUGAUGCAGCUCUUUUGUGCAAAAUUGCAGCAUUGAGGUCAUUUUCACUGGAAAGGUUGCAGUACAAGCGGGACAGAGAAUCUGGUAUGAGCACUUCAGCAUAUUUUCUUGCCAAGGACACAAUCGAUCAUUUUAGCACAGUUGUGAAGCCAAUUGUUUACCUAUCCAUGUUCUACUACUUCAAUAACCCAAGGUCAACAAUAGCUGAUAACUACAUAGUGCUGCUAGCACUUGUGUACUCUGUCAGCGGGAUGGGUUACACUUUUGCCAUCUGCUUCAACCCUGGCUCAGCGCAGCCGUGUUCUGCGAUUCUACCAGUUAUCCUGUCGUUGUUGUCAACUCACCCAAGCACUCCCCUGUUACUCAAAAACUUGUGCUACACAAAAUGGGCACUUGAAGGCUUCAUCAUUGUAAAUGCCAGAAGGUACCCGGGAGUGUGGCUAAUAACUCGCUGUGGUUUAUUGUUCAAAAAUGACUUUGAUAUCCGUCACUUCAAGCUCUGUAUUUUGGUUCUAUUUAUGUAUGGUUUGUUCUUCCGGAUCAUCGCAUUUGUGGCCAUGAUUGUACUCAAUAAGAAAUGAGUGAAUCAGAAUCCACAGUCCCUUUUUCA